UGAUGAAAUCGUUUUCUUUUAAACUUCGAUAAGCUAAUAAGCCAUCCACCUUAUUUUCUGUAUCAAUCAUCAUCCAUGGCUACAAUUAACGUCCUCAAACCACCCCCUCUCUAUCUUCCAUCUUCUUCUUCUUCUUCACCAAAAUCCAUCCAGCAAAAACAAAAACAUCACACCAAAAAAGACCCCUACACAAACUUACUCAAUCUUUCAGUCCAAAACAACAACACCCAUCUUACAAAAUCAAUCCACGCUUCAUUUCUCAAACUCCCUAUUAAAAAAACUUACAUUUUCAACACCCUAAUUUCAUCUUAUUUCAAAUUAGCCCUUCCAAGUUAUGCAUACAAAGUGUUUGAUAAAUGUAUCACCAACCCAGAUGUUGUUACAUUCACUUCACUCAUAUCUUGGUUUGCUAAGUCAAGUAGUGGGUUUAAUGAAUCUGUUGGGUUUUUCUUCGAAAUGCGGGACGUUGGUAUCGUCCCGAAUGCGUAUACUUUUGUUGCCAUUUUGACUGCUUGUGGUCGGGUUUUGGAUUCGGGUUUGGGUUGUCAAGUUCAUGGGCUGGUUGUUAAACUUGGGUUUGUUGAUGAUGGUUAUGUGGGUAAUGCUUUAAUGGGGUUUUAUGGGAAAUGUGGUGGUUUUUUGGAUAAUGUAGUUAAGGUGUUUGAUGAAAUGUCUGAGAGAAGAAUUGUGAAUAUUUCUUCUUGGAAUACGGUUAUUUCGUGUUUGGUUAAGGAGGGUUUGGUUGAAAAAGCGUUGGAGUUGUCUCGUGAUUUGUUGAAAAGUGAUUUAGGAUUUGAAGUUGACGGGUUUACUGUUUCGACAGUUUUGAGUGGCUGUACUGAACGUGGUGGGGUCAUGGAUGGGCGUGCGGUUCAUGCCCGUGUAAUAAAGUUUGGUUUGGAUGACGAUUUGAGCGUUGGUAACGCGCUAAUUGGAUUCUAUAGCAAACACGGUAACGUAAAGGACGUGGUGCGUUUGUUUGAUAGAAUGGCUGUUAAAGAUGUGAUUACCUGGACACAAAUGAUAUCGGUGUAUAUGGAUUCUGGACUUGUUGAGAUGGCGGUGGAUGUUUUUGAAAAAAUGCCUGAGAGGAACUGUGUUUCGUAUAAUGCCCUUUUACACGGAUUUUGUCAAAAUGGUUUUUCGUCAAGAGCUUUGUGUAUGUUUUGCAGGAUGGUGGAAGAUGGUGUAGAGUUGGAUGAUUUCUCCUUGACAAUUGUUAUCAAUGCUUGUGGGUUUUUUGCAGAUAAAAGCACCAGUGAAAUGAUUCAUGGAUUCGUUUUAAAGUGUGGGUUUGGGUCAAAUGACCGGAUUGAAUCUGCGUUGCUUGAUAUGUGCACAAAAUGCGGAAGGAUGUCAGAUGCAGAAGAAAUGUUCCAUUCCCAGUCAUUAACCCAAAACAGUUCGAUUAUAUGGACAUCAAUGAUUUGUGGGUAUGCUAGAAACGGGCUUCCGUAUGAAGCACUCGAGAUGUUCUUCAAAGGUCAAGCUGAAAACAGCUUGUUCAUUGAUGAAAUUGUAUCGACUACCGUCCUUGGUGUCUGCGCGACACUAGGGUUUGACAAAAUCGGUGAGCAAAUCCAUUCCAGUGCCUUGAAAUUAGAUUUAUUUUAUGAUAUAAAAGUUGGAAAUGCAUUAAUUGGAAUGUAUAGUAAAUGUGGCAACAUGAUUGCUGCCAUUAAGGCUUUCAAUAACAUGAAACAGCGUGACGUUGUUUCUUGGAAUAGUUUGAUGGCUGGUUAUAUCUUUCACAAGCAAGGGGACAGCGCCUUAGAUUUAUGGGAAAGCAUGAAAUGGGAAAACAUAAAGCCAGAUUCGAUUACUACCCUCUUGAUAAUAUCAGCAUACACACACACCGCCUCAAAUAUGGUUAGCGAGUGUUAUACAUUUUUUCAGUCCAUGGAAACCACUUACGGCAUUGAACCUGAUUCAAAUCAUUACACGUCAUUGGUUAGUGUUUUUGGGAAAUGGGGUCUACUUGAAGAGGCUGAGGACAUUAUCAAGAAAAUGCCUUAUGAACCAAGCCCUUUUGUAUGGAGAGCUUUACUUGAUAGUUCUAGAACUCAUAUGAAUACUGUUAUUGGCAAAAAGGCUGCAAAAGAAAUUCUUGCUAAGAAGCCUAAUGAUCCAUCGACAUACAUACUUGUAUCAAAUUUAUAUUCCGCUUCUGGGAGAUGGCAUUGUUCUGAAACAACACGUGAAGAGAUGAGAGAAAAAGGCUUUCAAAAACGACCUGGAAAAAGCUGGAUUAUUCAUGACAACAAGGUUCAUUCGUUCUAUGCAAGAGAUAAAUCUCAUACCCAAUCUAAAGACAUUUAUAGUGGGCUAGACAUUUUAGUUUUGGAAUGCUUGAAAAUUGGGUAUAUGCCGGAUACUAGUUUUGUGCUUCAUGAAGUGGAGGAGCAUCAGAAAAGGGAUUUUUUGUACUACCAUAGUGCAAAACUAGCUGUCACUUAUGGUCUUUUAAUGAAUAAAGGUAGAAUGCCAGUUCGUGUUAUGAAGAAUAUCCUUCUUUGUGGGGACUGUCAUGCUUUCUUUAAGUAUGUUUCUAUUGUCACCAAGAGGGAGAUUCAAGUGCGGGAUGCUUCAGGGUUCCAUUGUUUUGUCAAUGGUGAAUGUACAUGCAAAGAAUUUGUUAUGGCAGUUUGACAACAUGUCUUUAAGAAUUGAAGGGCUUCUUGGAACUUAAUAAGGGGGAGAGGCUUCUUGCAGCUUUUCACAAGUUGAUUGCAAGUGCGAAACACCAUACCUAUGUUGAGACAUGAUACAUGGACUAUAUGUACCAGACUACCAGCCAAUGAAAGGUUUGGGUCACCUGUGCAGGUAGAGAGGGGACAAACUGUAAAAAGGUGGCUAUUAUCUCUACAAUCAAUGAGCUAGAAGGAUGGAACAUGUUGCUUUAAGCAGCAAAAUGGCCACAUAAAGGGGUUCUGGAAUGAUAUCUUAGAUGGACGACUCCUUAGGCAAGUUUAAAGUUCGUCCAUCUGCACCUGUCUAUUAGACUAUCAUUGCAUGGCUUAUACUUACCCUUAAGUCAAACAUCUGACUCAGCCGUCUGUGUAACUUGUUCAAGACCAGUCUUGAGUUUACUUUUGGCUCCAUUGCAUGCUAGCCCAAUACCAAAGUGUUUAUAUUAUGUUGGUUAUACAUUUGGGUCUUGGGUGGUCAAGGUUUCCAGAAAUAAAUCUUUGGCCCUUUCUAUAUGCUCUCACGGAGUUGGUAAGUGUCGGUAGUUAGAGCUCGUAUCAGCCUAUACAUAGAAGCUAAGUUGAGGUAUUAUAUUGUGGGAAAAGGUUGACGGGAAACAGACUACAAAGCUCCAAUAAGGUAUCGAGAAGGCUAUCACAAUCAGGUGCAAAGCGACAAUGGCUUGGGCAGGAAACCCAACACUCACCAAAGCUGUUUUGAUAGAGCGUUCCACUAUCAAUUGACCAUACGCGGAGGUUGUCGUUCCCGAUAUAUGGACGAAACACAAAUCCAUGAACGAAACACAAUGAAUAAGGUCAUAUGCACUUGCUGUUCUUGGGACAAGGCCUGCAGAUUUUUCAGCAGGAUUCAAGUAAAAUUCUUAUUUCUAAUGAAUAUAUAUAUGAGAACUUUAUAUUUGUAAUCCAAAUAAGGUGACAAUGUUUAAAGAAGAUAAUGAUAUAUCUUUGAUAUUACCAGAAU